AUGUUGAAUAUGCUGGAAGACAAAUAUAUUGGGUUGGCCCUUGCUAUAACAUCGACACUGGCCAUCGGCACCAGUUUUGUCAUUACGAAAAAGGGUCUCAACGAUGCUGCAGACAAGCAUGGAUUCGAAGGAGAUGGAUAUGCAUAUCUUAAAACCCCAUUGUGGUGGGCUGGAAUAUCCUCACUCGUUGUUGGCGAGAUCGCCAACUUCGCAGCUUACGCUUUUGCGCCUGCAAUUCUGGUGACGCCCUUGGGUGCUCUCAGCGUGCUUAUUGGAGCCGUGCUCGGGGCGUAUUUCUUGCACGAAGAGCUGGGCGUCUUGGGCAAAUUGGGAUGCGCUACAUGUCUGCUGGGAUCGGUCAUUAUUGUACUACAUGCUCCUCCUGAUAAAGAAAUCGAGACGGUCGAUCAAAUUUUGGAUUUUGCCAUUAAGCCUGGUUUUGUUCUUUAUUGUCUGGCCGCCAUCGUUUUCUCAACGGUCAUGAUCUACAAAGUUGCGCCCAUAUACGGAAAGAAGAAUCCUUUGAUCUAUAUCUCGAUCUGCUCGACAGUCGGAUCGAUAUCGGUCAUGUCAGUCAAGGCAUUUGGCAUCGCCUUGAAGCUGACCUUCGCUGGGAACAACCAAUUUUCACAUCCAUCGACCUACGUCUUCAUGAUUGUGACGAUAGUGUGCAUUCUGACCCAGAUGAACUACUUCAACAAGGCCCUCAGCCAAUUUUCCACUUCGAUCGUCAAUCCUCUGUACUACGUUACCUUUACGACGGCGACUCUGUGUGCGUCGUUUAUCCUGUUCCGGGGUUUCAACACCACAGACGCUGUGAACACCAUUUCCCUUCUCUGUGGGUUCCUGGUCAUCUUCUCGGGCGUUUAUUUACUCAACUUGUCUCGAGGCGACCCUGAUGGACAUCGGUUAUUGAACGGCAAAAUCCCUGAUGAGGAUGGAAUUCCCACCGACCCUCUGGCUGGUCUCCAUACAAGGAUGAGCAUGCAGUCGCGAAGGAGCUUCGACCCUCACAGGCGGAGUGGCAGCCUCACCUUUAGCCCUGGAGGGAUGCGGAAUGUUUCCGGAGAAAGUGCAGGGUUGAUGCACAACUACGAUGUUGAGAACAAUGCCUUUGGCUUGUCGGAUCUUGUCGAGGAUCCAGCAGAGAUGGGAGGUGGAAGUGCCAGUCGGAGUCCACAGCCCAAUGGUGACAGCGUGACCAAGGUGUAUCACAAACCCCAUCAGAAGACGUUGAGCCAAUGA